GUAAGUGCCUUCUGUCUGCAGAGAAAAAAGAUAGAGAGAAAUUUUUGCACGAAAAAAAAAACUCAAGUAAUUUACUAGGAGAGUCACACAGAAAGAUGCGGAUACUGUUUUAAAAGUGAACUCCAAAAUAUAUAAUCAAAGCAACCGAAAGAGAUAGAUAGAGCGGCAGACAGAUUCGUCCAACAUAAAUUUAAAUCAAUCAGAAUAAAACAGGACAGAAAAUGAAUCGUCGCAGACCUAACCUCAAAAUACAAGUGAACGAAAGUUCACUUCCACCACCAUCCACUGCCCCACAUAAUUUAGAUAAGCGAACAACUAUUACAAUUGACGAUCGAACGUUUAUUGUUGAAGCCGAUGAUUUGGAAAAGAUAUGUGAUUUGGGCCAUGGUGCUUACGGAAUUGUCGAGAAGAUGCGACAUCGACAAACAAACACAGUGAUGGCUGUUAAACGAAUUACCGCCACAGUGAACACCCAAGAACAGAAACGAUUGUUGAUGGAUUUAGAUAUUUCGAUGCGAUCGUCUGAUUGUCUAUACACGGUACAUUUCUACGGAGCAUUAUUUCGAGAGGGAGACGUUUGGAUUUGUAUGGAAGUCAUGGAUACUAGUUUAGAUAAAUUCUAUCCAAAAGUCUACAAGAAUGAUCAAAUCAUAAGCGAAGACAUUUUAGGAAAGGUUGCCGUAGCUGUUGUGAAUGCACUCUACUAUUUACAUGCAAAUUUGAAAGUCAUUCAUCGAGAUGUAAAACCGUCAAACAUUCUCAUCAAUCGAAAAGGUGAGGUAAAAAUGUGCGAUUUUGGAAUAUCAGGUUAUUUGGUGGAUUCGGUAGCAAAAACAAUUGAUGCUGGAUGCAAACCGUACAUGGCACCAGAACGCAUUGAUCCAACAGGAAAUCCUGGACAGUACGACAUUCGAUCAGAUGUUUGGUCGUUAGGAAUAAGCAUGGUAGAAAUGGCAACCGGAAAGUUUCCGUACAACUCAUGGGGAACGCCGUUUGAACAAUUGAAACAGGUUGUGAAGGAUGAUCCACCUCGAUUAGAAUCCGGAAAAUUUUCGCCGGCAUUUGAAAAUUUCAUUUCAGCAUGUCUGCAGAAGAAGUACACGGAUCGACCCAACUAUGAGCAGCUAUUGCAGCAUGCCUUUCUUGUUGAGCACAUGAACAAGGACACUGAUGUGGCCGGAUUCGUUGAAGAAGUUCUCAAUAUGCCAGAUGCAUAAAGUUCCCGAUUACGAGCUACCAUCACCGUUGUGCUACUGCUAUAGUGCCAUUCAUUGUCACUUUUUAAAAUGUGUUUUUUUUUCAUCAAUUUUAAUGCGAUUUGCAUUACGGAAUAAAUUUGAUUAAAUAUGCUAUUUUACGUUCGAAUUUCAAGAGAUAAUGUUAAAUAAAAAUAUUUUACGGCUAAUGGGCAUACCGGCUGUAUGCAAAGCAUAAGCUAUAAAUCACAAGAGUCAAUUUAUGAAUAAUAACAUAAUUCAAUUAACAAUUUGUAAUAAAAAGAGAAAUACUUAUGAAAAUGAAACGAAUUUUAACAAAAAACAUGAAUUUACUUAAUGAACAAAUACAGAGAUUGAUUUUCCAAAAUGGACACGGAGACAAUAAUUUCGGUCUCGUUACCAGCUGAUAAGAAGCGGAACAAUAAAUCGAUUUAUUAACUAACCAAA